AUGGUUGUUAUCGGUGGAGGUCCCGGCGGUUAUGUUGCUGCGAUAAAAGCAUCCCAACUAGGUUUGAAGACCGCGUGUGUCGAAAAGCGUGGUUCUCUUGGCGGAACAUGUACGAACGUUGGGUGCAUCCCUUCCAAGGCCUUGUUGAACAACUCCCACAUCUAUCACCAAACCAUACAUGAUUUGAAGUCGAGAGGAAUUGAUGUUGAGAAUGUAAAUUUGAACCUACCCAACAUGAUGAAGGCUAAAGAGAAAGCUGUUGCCGGCCUCGCGAGAGGUAUCGAGGGUUUAUUUAGAAAGUAUGGCGUAACUUAUAUAAAGGGUCAUGGAAAAUUUGUUGGAACGAACAAAAUUGAGAUCGAUGAAUUGGAUGGAAAAAAGACUACAGUUCAAGCAAAGGACAUUAUCAUUGCUACUGGUUCAGAACCAGCCCCAUUCAAAGGCCUCGAGGUUGAUGAAAAACAAAUUGUCACCUCCACCGGUGCACUCUCAUUAGAAAAAGUGCCAGAGAAGUUGGUUGUCAUUGGUGGUGGAAUUAUUGGUCUUGAGUUAGGUUCCGUAUGGCAUCGCCUUGGUUCCGAGGUGACAGUAGUGGAGUAUCUCAGCUCCAUAGAUCCGGAUCAUUUCGAUAUUAAUGAAAAUCAUCUACAUUGUUUGACCGACAGCAAGUCUCUCCUAAAAAUACUUCAAAAGCAAGGACUCAAAUUCAAACUAGACACAAAGGUUAUUGAUGCGUCGAAAAAGGACGGGAGAGUAUUAGUAAACGUUGAACCAUCGAAAGGAGGCAACAGGGAAACUGUAUGCAUUUUUGACUUUCCAAAGAGUCUUGCCUUACUACUGGAAUCCGAUGUUGUCCUGGUUUCAAUUGGCCGACGCCCUUACACUGAAAAUCUGGGCCUAGAAAAUGUGGGCAUUGAUGUGGACGAGAAAGGGAGGAUCAAGAUUGAUUCUCAAUUUCGCACCAGCAAACCUAACAUCCGUUGUAUUGGCGAUGUGACGUAUGGCGCGAUGUUAGCCCACAAGGCGGAAGAAGAAGGGGUUGCUGCGGUUGAGUACAUCGUGGGCGGUUAUGGACACGUAAAUUACGACGUGAUACCGUCAGUCAUUUACACUCAUCCGGAGGUGGCGUGGUGCGGUAAGACGGAGGAGGAGGUAAAAGAAACAAAGCGCCCAUAUCGCGUUGGCACCUUUCCAUUUCUGGCCAACUCCCGUGCUCGUACCAAUGAUGAUGCCGAGGGCUUCGUUAAAAUGAUCUCCGAUCAGGAGACUGAUGCCAUUCUGGGGGUGCACAUCAUUGGCCCGAAUGCGGGUGAGAUGAUAGGUGAGGCGGUGCUGGCCAUGGAAUAUGGCGCGAGCAGUGAAGACAUUGCCAGGACCUGUCACGCGCAUCCGACAUUAUCCGAGGCAUUGAAAGAAGCCGCGUUGGCCACAUACUCGAAGUCAAUCAACUUUUGA